ACUUGAGUUAAUUCCUCAACAUGCGCAGGUAGGACUGACAUCAAGGGAGGGAAUUUCAUGUCCGUGGCUCCUUCUGCUUCUGCAUCUUACCGCUGACUGCCUCUCUGCCGAGCCCUGUCUGUGUCCUGUCACGGAACGGGGGAGUGAAACAUGGCCCUCUGCAUCUCUGGUUUGAGGAGAAAGCAGCUGUGCCAUCUCUUCAUGUCGGCUUACUCCCCCGUCUGCGUGGCUCUUCUGUCCUUCCUCCUCGCCCCGGCUCUUGGUCAGCUGGACCUGAACAGACUGGAUGGUGAUUCCGUCUGCCCGCCAAUAAGAAGUGGCCAAGACGACCUUCCAGGGUUUGAUCUGAUCACCCAGAUCCAGCUGGAUGUGCUUCAGAUGAAAGGUGUGAGGAAGGUGAACGGCUCCACAACCCUCCAGGUGGCCUACCGCCUCGACAAGGAGGCCAACUUCCAAAUUCCAACUGUCCUGAAUUUUCCUCGCGGCUUCCCGGACGAGUACUCCUUCAUGACGACCUUCCGCAUGAUCAAGAACACAGUGAACAAAGUGUGGAACAUCUGGCAGAUAGUAGAUGAAGAUGGCUACAAGCAGGCAGGACUGAGGCUGAAUGGUGACGAGCAGGCUCUGGAGUACUUCCUGACGGGCGCAGAUGGAAAUCUGCAGACGGUCACAUUCCCCGGCCUUUCUGUGCUCUUUAACACUAAGUGGCACAAGGUGAUGAUCGGUGUAGAGCGUGACCAGGUCACGCUGUAUGUGGAUUGCCAGCCUGUUGAUCAGAAACCCAUCAAGGGCAAAGGCCCUAUCAACACAGACGGAAACACUCUUAUUGGCAGGCUGGAUGCUGAUCCCAACGCCUCCGUAGUGUUUGAGCUCCAGUGGAUGUUGAUACACUGCGACCCAAAGAGAGCCCAGAGAGAGAGCUGCAAUGAGCUGCCUGCCAUCGAGAUGUAUGCCAAUGCUGAGCCUGAAAAAUCAAUCCCAGGCCCUGCAGGUGCCCCUGGCCCAGAGGGCCCCCGAGGGCCCCCGGGAGAAAACGGCAGAGAUGGAAGAGAUGGUCUUCCAGGACCUCCUGGCAGUCCUGGCGUUCUUGGCAGCAAAGGGGAGCAGGGGGAGAUCGGUCUUCCUGGACAGCGAGGCCUGCCUGGUCUUCCAGGACCUGCUGGUCCAAUUGGCUCAAUGGGUCCCAGAGGGCCUGUAGGAGAGAGAGGACUUCCUGGCUUUCCUGGACCUGCAGGUCCUCCUGGCCCAGCAAGAGAAGGACCUCCUGGACCUCCGGGAAAACCAGGAAUCCCAGGGGAUGAGGGGAACAUUGGACCCGAGGGUCCACCUGGACCUAGAGGAGGACCUGGCGUUGCAGGGCCUCCUGGCCCUCCCGGCCCACCGGGGCCUGUGGGACCUCCCGGUGCCAGCAGUGAGGGAAGUGGGGAAGCUUGUCCUGCUUCCUGCCCUGCUGGACCUCGGGGACUGCCUGGGCUACCAGGGAUGAAGGGACACAAAGGUGUGUCAGGUGAACCUGGAAAAGAUGGCGUGCCCGGAGAGAAGGGAGAACCUGGGAAGCAGGGUCCCCAAGGGCCACCAGGUCGCAUGGGAGAUGAUGGACAAAGGGGGCCCAGUGGAGUCCCUGGAAGUCCAGGAGAGAAGGGAGACAGAGGUUCCCCUGGCUUCAAUGGUGUCCCAGGACCCACAGGUCCUCCUGGAGCUCCUGGUGUGGAGGGAAUGCGUGGACGUCAGGGUUUGCCAGGGCCUAAAGGCGAUGUUGGAGCCAUGGGCACCCACGGACCACAGGGUCCUCCAGGGGAAAAAGGAGAUGCUGGAGAGGCUGGUAAGAAUGGCUUGGAUGGACUUCCGGGAAAUGAUGGCACCAAGGGAGAGCCCGGUACUCCUGGAGCUGUCGGUAUCAGGGGGAUUGUGGGUAUUCCAGGCCUGCCGGGGAAGCCGGGAGCAGGUGGACCCCCUGGCGAAAAGGGCGACACUGGUGCCGAGGGACCUGCUGGACCAGUUGGACUUCCUGGAAAAACUGGUGAGUCUGGAAAAGAUGGAACAGAUGGAAAACCUGGGGAUAAAGGAGCAACCGGUCAAAUGGGAAAACAAGGGCCAGUGGGCCCUGCAGGUCCACCAGGAAUCCAGGGUGAGCAAGGACUUAAAGGUAACACUGGUGCCAAAGGAAUGAAGGGCCAUACUGGGCACAAAGGUGAUCUGGGGCCUAUUGGACCAGUGGGACCAAAAGGAAGUCAGGGGGGGACAGGACUGCCAGGAGAUCCUGGGACAAAGGGAGACCAAGGCCCUCCCGGUGUUCCUGGAAUCAAAGGAGAGCAUGGGGAGAAGGGUCAAAGAGGAGUUACAGGAGCUGAUGGCAGACCAGGCCUGCCGGGACAUGAGGGUUUGACUGGUCCAAUGGGAGCUCGAGGGCUGGAGGGAGAACCCGGCCUUCCUGGAACACCAGGCCCAAGAGGUCUACCUGGCCCAAAAGUGAGUGACGAGAAGCUGCGGGAAAUGUGUUCAGCUGUUGUUGAAGAGCAAUUAGCUGAAUUUAUGAAAGAGUUCUUGAAGAAGCCAGCAGCUAUUGGUGCCCCUGGUACCCCUGGACCAACAGGUCCUCCUGGACCCCCUGGACCAGCUGGAGCAGCAGGAGCAGCAGGAGCUCCAGGGCCAAUGGGUCCCAAAGGCCUUCCGGGCUACUUUGGACUUCCAGGCACACCAGGCCAAAAAGGUGAUGCCGGGGAGAGGGGAGACAAGGGAGACAGGGGAGAGGAUGGUGUGGGAAUCAAAGGAAGCCAAGGCGCACCAGGUGCACCGGGUGCACCUGGGGCCUCAGGCAUUGGAAAAGAUGGCAAAAACGGAGAGCGUGGUGAGACAGGUAGUCCUGGUGUCCCUGGAUCUGCUGGUCCAAGGGGGCCUCCAGGACCACCCGGCCUUUGUGACCCAUCAACCUGUAUAGGCAGACUUCCUCCACUUUAUAUGGUUGGUGGGAAGAAAUCCACUGGCUACAAAAACCCAUGACACAUCCCAGCUCAUGGACACACCCCAAAUCUCAUCUUGCCAGUGACCACAUUUCAGGACUUGUCACAAGUCAAAGCACGGUGAUCUUUGGAAGUCUCCAUCAGAACCACGGCUCGAAGAGACACACAGGGAAACAGAAAUGAGGCACAACUGCAAAGUACAGUACAGACAUUUUAACUUGUGAUUCUAAACCGAGUUUACCCAUCAUUCAAUGCCAGAGCAACUUCGGGCUGACGAAAGGCCUGAGGCACACAAGCUGACCCCCCCACUGCAGAUAUUCAACUUCAAUUCUACUCUUUUAGCUAAUGUUAAAGCCUAUUAGGUGAGCCAUAUUAAAGCAAUCACGAGCAAAAUCUUAUGGUGAGACUAAAUUAUACAAAAAAACCCAAAAAACAUGCGUUUGCCUGAUUUUGUCAUAUCAGUGGUCUUGUUCAAACACUGCAAUAAAGUGUUAUGUUUUGAAAGUGUGCCAUCAUGAAAUUCCAC